AUGUCCAGUCAAGACUCCUUCCAGUCCGGCUCCACUCAAAGGGUGGGGAAGAGGAGAGCCGCACCAUAUGGUCAGGCGUGCCUGCACUGCUUCAAGACCAAGUCCAAGUGCGUCAGGCAGGGCAAUUCUGAGAGCUGCGAAAGAUGCAUUCGGCUCAAGAAGGAAUGCUCCUCGGCGGACUCCCUUCGCAAGCGAGCAGCCCAAAAGCCUCCCGACGCUGGGUCAGCUGCCAUUAUUGCAAAUCUCCAGGCGCAAAACAAUGACCUCAAUGCGCUACUGCGUAAGGUUGUCGAGAACUCAGGAUCCCCUGUUGCCCUGCGCGAAUUCAUUGAAGCGCAACAGCGAGCAGGCGAAGAAAACCAAAAGGCUCACGAAGAGAGAGAACCCGCCCCUUCAGACCAUGCGUCAACCACUUCGAGUGACUGGAGGUUAUUUCCAGAGCAAGAAGAGACGCGCCUUGCCAUCUUUCGCAACCGCAUGCUUCCAUUUCUCGCGUUUGCAUAUCUCCCUCCAGAUCUUACUGCACAAAAGCUGUUUGCAGUGAAACCACUCUUCUUCCAAGCCAUCAUGGCUGUUACCUCGCCGUCGAUCCAGGAGAGGCGAGUACGUGGAAGCGAGCUCAAGAGAUUGAUGACUCAAAAAACCUGGCAGAGUAUCGAUUCAAGCCUAGACUUGCUACUCUGUAUCCUGACAUAUCUCGGCUGGGGCUAUGACACAUUCGUCAACAAGGCCUCCACUUCCAGUCCGUCGCGCCUCACGCAAACAGCAAUGGCAGUAGCCCAUGAUCUUCGCGCAGACACGUCGGGAAUCAAGCGGCUAGACCUUCUCCCGAAUGAAGUACUAGACCCGGACCAGCAUAGACAUGAUACAGGUCUCCCUGACGACUCGGUCCAGCAAAUCCUGGAGAACGAGAGGGCCAUCCUGGGAUGUUUCUUCUUGAGCUCCAUGACGGCAUCCCAUUAUAAGCGGAUGGAACCAAUGCGCUGGACACCUCAGCUGGAAGAGUAUCUCGACACUAUUAGUAGGACCAAGGGAUGCCCGACUGAUGAGGGGUUCUCGUUUCAGGUACGCCUACAGGUGCUUGCUCAGCAAGUUUGCGAGCAACGUGAACAGCGGGAAUUAGACCGUUACCAAGCGGCUGUCCACUCAGCAUCCUCCGGCCCGACAGAGCCACUGCUUAAUAGAUGGUAUCUUGAGGCUCUCCAGAAGAAGUUGCAUGGGAUAACAGACUCUAUACCACCGUAUUUAAAGGACAACGAAACGCUUCUAUCACAAUUGCACUACACCUCGCUCAGUAUAUACGAAACAAUCCACCCCGUCAAUUCGGACGCCGAACACAGCUCGCCUUCACUGAGCGUAUCUUCUGCUCUUGACGAGCGAGACUGCCACUAUCACACGCUUCAGGCCAUACGGGCUUUUUUCGACAUUUUCCUAAGAUUUACCCCCUUGAAUUGGGCGGGGUUUCCUUUCCAUCUCUGGGCGCAGGAGAUCCGGUGUACUUCCGUACUAAUAAGGCUAUCACUCUCGCCAGCUUAUCGAGACGAGGUCCGCAAUACAGUCGACGUGCUGAACGUCGUGGAUGUGGUGUCAGACAGACUGAAAGGCGCUGCAACUGAGAUGGGCGAGACUUCACCAGAAGAUUUGUUUGGGACUCUUUACCGUGUCGCGAGGAUGCUGCGCGCUUUUAUAGGCCCGAAGCUGGAGCCCGCGCCUGUGCCAGAAGAGCAACACGGCGCUCUUCCCUACGUGGAAACGCCACUCUGGAAUGAACCGGAGAUGGUUGCGCCGUCGCAACUGGAAUUGAUGCAGAUGCUCGGCUUCAACAACAUGAUGGCGACCUCUAGCGCGAUGCCGUAUAAUCCCUCUAUAUACUACUACACGUAUAAUUAG